UGUGCGGACCUACCAACCAUCUCUCUCCUCUCCUUCACUAUAUCUCUUCAUCUCUCUGUCUCUCUCCUCCGGUCCUCCGGUCUCUGCUAUGACAGCUCACACCAGCAGCGUGUUGCCCGAUCUCAGACCGUCAACCCGUCACCGGUUAUCCUGUCCAAACGUUAACAUGGACAUGUGUGUGUGGGAUAUUCGUGAUUGAUCUUCGGUUGUAAUUAUUUUUUUGUUUUUUUGUUUUGUAUAAAAACGAAAGAAAAAGGAGGAGGGGGGCGGCCGUCCUCUUUUACCCCCCUCCGCUUCCUUCAGCCAAGCAGAGCGGCAAGGUGGGGAGAGGGCUUUAAAAUUAAGCCAGCUUGGAUUUAUUUAACAGCAAAAUGACGGAUUUGGGAGCGCCGGAGAUGUUGCUGAUGAGGAGGAGGCUGCAUGUGAAGAAAACGGGCAGGCUGAGACGCGACCUCCCGCUUCUCCUCCUGCUGGGGCUUCUCUUCGGGGAUUUCUCCUCGUCCAAGGCUGAAUCUUGUGGUGGCGUAGUCCAAGGACUGAAUGGUACCAUAGAGUCGCCUGGUUUCCCCCACGGCUAUCCCAACUACGCCAACUGUACAUGGCUGAUAAUAACAGGGGAGAGGAACCGAAUCCAGCUAACCUUCGUCACGCUGGCGCUCGAGGAAGACUUUGAUAUUGUAUCAGUUUACGACGGACAACCGUCACCUGGCAACUUAAAAAUGAGGUUGUCAGGAUUCAUGCUGCCCUCCCCUAUAGUCAGCAGUGGAUCUAUAUUGGCCUUGUGGUUUACCACAGACUUUGCCGUCAGUGCACAGGGCUUUAAAGCUGUAUAUGAAGUCCUUCCCAGCCAUACAUGUGGCACCCCUGGCCUCAUUCCAAAUGGAGUCAUUCAUGGCUCGCGGUACAACAUGGGGGACAAGAUCCGAUACAGCUGUGAGUCAGGUUUUGUAUUGGAAGGACACAGUAUCCUCACGUGUAUUGUAUCACCUGGCAGUGGAGCACAGUGGGACUUCCCAUCACCAUUUUGUAGAGCGGAGGGAGCAUGUGGUGGUACUUUAAGAGGUACUGCAGGUUCAAUAACCAGCCCUGGAUACCCUGCAGAGUAUGACAACAACCUCGACUGUACAUGGUCAAUCCUCUCUGAGCCCGGGGACACUAUAGCUCUCGUCUUCAAUGACUUCUUAUUGGAGGACAAAUAUGACUUCCUGGAGAUCAGCGGGACAGAAGCACCAAGCAUAUGGCUGACUGGUACAACCCUGCCCUCACCAGUGAUAUCAAAUAAGAACUGGCUUCGGAUACAUUUCACCUCAGACAGCAACCAUCGAAGAAAAGGAUUCAGUGCUCAAUACCAAGUGAAAAAAGCAAUAGAGUUGAAGUCCAGAGGGGUGAAGAUGAUGCCCAGUAAAGACUCCAGUCACAAAAAUGCUGUCUUGAGUCAAAGUGGUCUUGCUGGUGAUGUUUGUCCAGAUCCAGGAGUUCCAGAAAAUGGCAAGAGGAUGGGCUCGGCCUUCCAAGUUGGCUCCAGCGUCCAGUUCAGUUGUGACGACAGCUAUGUACUACAAGGAUCAAAAAGUAUCACCUGUCAACGAGUAACUGACACACUGGCUGCCUGGAGUGACCACCGACCCAUCUGCAGAACUCGUACCUGUGGCAGCAACCUAAGGGGGCCCAAAGGGAUCAUAACUUCUCCUAACUACCCUGUUCAAUAUGAGAACAACGCACACUGUGUGUGGGUCAUCACUGCAAUGGACUCUGGGAAGGUGAUAAAGCUGUCAUUUGAGGAGUUUGACCUGGAAAGAGGAUAUGACACACUAACUGUGGGAGAUGGAGGGAAGAUAGGAGACACUCGGAGGGUACUCUAUGUACUUACAGGCUCCAGUGUCCCUGACCUCAUCGUUAGCUUGUCCAAUCAGAUGUGGCUACACCUGCAGUCAGACGAUACAAUUGGCUCCGCUGGGUUCAAGGCGGUCUAUGAAGAGAUUGAACGAGGAGGCUGUGGUGAUCCCGGGGUGCCGGCAUUUGGUCGGCGUAGUGGUGAUCGCUUUCAACAUGGUGACGUGUUGACCUUCUUUUGCCAGUCGGCCUUUGAGCUAGUGGGAGAGAGAACUAUCACAUGCCAGCACAACAACCAGUGGUCAGGCAAUAAACCCAGUUGUGUCUUCUCAUGUUUCUUCAACUUCACGGCUCCAUCAGGGACUAUAUUGUCUCCAAACUACCCAGAGGAGUAUGGGAAUAACCUGAACUGUGUGUGGUUGAUUAUCUCGGAACCGGGGAGCCGCAUUCAUCUCCUAUUCUCUGACUUUGACCUGGAGCCACAGUUUGACUGGUUGGUGGUCAAAGAUGAAGGACUGUCUGAACCAACGACAUUUGGGACGUUCUCUGGAAAAGAUGUUCCAUCACAGAUUGCCUCGAAUGGACACAUCAUGAGACUGGAAUUUCAGUCCGAUCAUUCCAAUACUGGAAAAGGCUUCAAUAUCAGCUACACCACCUUCGGGCAGAAUGAAUGUCAUGACCCAGGAGUUCCUGUUAAUGGUCAAAGGUAUGGUGACCAGUUUCAGCUAGGCAGCUCUGUGGCUUUUCGCUGUGACCAAGGAUUCAUCAGGACACAGGGGUCUGAUCAGGUCACUUGCAUCAUCCAGGAUGGAAAUGUUGUUUGGUCUGCAGCUGUACCUCGCUGUGAAGCUCCAUGUGGAGGCCAUCUCACAGCUCCUACUGGUGUUCUGCUGUCUCCUGGCUGGCCUUCCUUUUAUAAAGAUUCUCUGAGCUGCCAGUGGGUGAUUGAAGCACAGCCAGAGCAUGCUGUGAAGAUACACUUUGACAGGUUCCAGACUGAAGUCAACUAUGACACACUGGAAAUCAGGGAUGGCCCCUCCACAUCCUCUCCCCUGAUCGGUGAAUACCACGGGACCCAAGCCCCUCAUUUCCUGAUUUCCACGUCUAACGUCCUGUUCCUGUUGUUCACCACAGACAACAGCCGCUCUGCAGCAGGCUUCAGCAUCAGAUAUGAAAGUGUGAAAAUGGAGUCAGACUCUUGUCUCGAUCCUGGUAUCCCAGUCAAUGGUCGUCGCCAUGGCAGCAGCUUUUCCAUUGGCUCCCGUGUGUCAUUUACAUGUGACCCAGGAUACACACUGAGUGAUCAGGAGCCAAUUGUUUGUGAGCAGAAUCAUCAGUGGAGUCACGCUCUUCCCAGUUGUGAUGCCCUUUGUGGAGGUUAUGUUUAUGGUAAAACUGGGACAAUUCUGUCGCCUGGCUUUCCUGACUUCUACCCCAAUUCUCUUAACUGCACCUGGACUAUAGAGGUGUCUCAUGGGAAAGGAGUCCAUCUGGUUUUCCACACUUUCCAUCUGGAGGAGAACCAUGACUACCUUUCCAUCAUUGAGGACGGCAAUUUCCAGGUUCCAGUAGCUCGACUCACUGGCUUAGUGCUUCCUCCUAGUGUCAAAGCAGGCCUCUAUGGGAACUUCAGCGCUCAGCUACGUUUCAUAUCUGAUUUUUCCAUGAGUUAUGAAGGCUUUAAUAUCACUUUCUCAGAAUAUGACUUGGAGCCAUGUGAAGAUCCCGGUGUACCAGCGUUUAGCAGGAGGAUGGGAUUCAGAUUCCGAGUUGGCGACUCGCUGGCCUUCUCUUGUUUCCAAGGCUACCGACUUGAGGGAGACAGCAAGAUCACGUGUCUGGGAGGAGGCAGGAGAGUCUGGAGCAACACACUACCGCGAUGUAUAGCGGAGUGUGGAGCCUCUUCACUAGGACCAGAAGGCGUUCUCCUCUCUCCUAACUUCCCCUCCAACUACGAUAACAACCACGAGUGCAUCUACCGCAUCACUACCGAAAAGGGCAAAGGAAUCAGGCUGAAAGCAGAGAGCUUCUCACUGCAAGAUGGAGACAAUCUCAAGGCGUAUGAUGGAGAGAACACUUCAUCCCGUCUCCUUGGCAACUUUACACGUGACAGCAUGAUGGGUCAUGUCAUCAAUAGUACGUCCAAUCGCUUGUGGCUGGAGUUCAACAGCAACGCCUCUGGAACCAGUCAGGGCUUCCGACUCACAUACACAAGUUUUGACCUAGUACGCUGCGAGGAACCAGGUGUUCCUAGUUAUGGCUAUAAGAUCCAGGACGAUGGUCAUUAUGCCAACACUUUCGUCCUGUACUCCUGCAACCCUGGAUACAGUCUCCAUGGUAGCAGUACACUGACCUGUCUCAGCGGAGACAGACGUGUCUGGGACAAACCUCUUCCUUCCUGUAUUGCGGAGUGUGGCGGUCACAUAACUGGAGCAGUGUCUGGACGGAUUCUGUCUCCAGGAUAUCCUGCUCCAUAUGACAACAACCUCCACUGUACCUGGACUAUAGAGGCUGAUACAGGCAAGACUAUCAGCCUCCAUUUCAUUGUCUUUGACACUGAGGUUGGCCACGACAUCCUGAGAGUUUGGGAUGGUCCAUCUGGGCCAUCAGACGGGGGGAUCCUGUUGAAAGAAUGGUCUGGCCCAGCCUUACCUGAAGAUAUCCACUCGACUUUCAACAUACUCACACUGCAGUUUGAUUCUGAUUAUUUCAUCAGCAAGCAAGGAUUUUCUAUACAGUUCUCCACCACUACAGCAACAACCUGCAAUGACCCAGGCAUCCCUGUGAAUGGUUCUCGGUAUGGGGACAGUAAGGAGCCUGGUGACAGUAUGACGUUCCAGUGUGAUCCAGGCUACCAGCUGCAGGGCGAGGACACCAUCACAUGUGUACGGAUGGAUAACAGAUUCUACUGGCAACCUGACCCUCCAACAUGUAUAGCGACAUGUGGGGGUAACGUCAGCGGCCCCUCUGGUGUAAUUCUGUCUCCUAACUACCCCCAGCCCUACCCCCCUGGGAAAGAGUGUGAUUGGAGAGUCAGAGUCAAUCCUGACUUUGUCAUUGCUCUCAUCUUCAAAAGUUUCAACAUGGAGCCAAGCUACGACUUCCUGCACAUCUACGAGGGUGAAGAUUCUAAUGGGCCGUUACUAGCAAGUCUCCAAGGCAACCAGGCCCCAGAGCGAAUAGAGAGCAGUGGUAACAGUCUCUUCUUGGCAUUCAGAUCUGACGCCUCACUGGGCAUGUCUGGAUUUGCUAUCGAAUAUAGAGAAAAACCAAGAGAGGCCUGUUUUGACCCUGGUAACAUUAUGAACGCCAGUCGGACAGGUUAUGACUAUAAACUGGGAUCUCAGGUCUCCUACAACUGCCACCAUGGCUACACGACAGUGGGUGGGGAUACCAUCACCUGUGUCAUGGGGCAUGAUGGGAAGCCGGUGUGGGACAAGGCUCUGCCAACAUGUAAAGCUCCAUGUGGAGGACAGUACGGUGGAUCCGAAGGAGUUGUUUUGUCUCCAAACUAUCCUCUAAACUACACUACAAGACAGACCUGCUCCUACUACAUCGCUGUGUCACCACAGUUUGUUGUAUUUGGUCAGUUUGCUGUUUUCCAGACGGCCAUGAAUGACUCAGUGGAGCUGUUUGAUGGAGCCAAUGAGAAUGCUCGAUUGCUUAGCUCUCUGGCUGGGUCACAUUCAGGAGAGACAUUGCCAUUGGCUACAUCCAAUCAGAUCAUGCUGCGGUUCAAUGCGAAGAGUGGCCAGUCAGCUAGAGGCUUUCACUUUGUCUACCAAGCUGUGCCUCGCACCAGUGACAGUCAAUGCAGUUCAGUGCCAGAGCCUCGGUACGGCAGGCGGAUCGGUUCAGAGUUCUCAGCUGGGUCUGUGGUCCGGUUCGAGUGCAGUCCAGGGUAUCUGCUGAAAGGAUCCAGUGCCAUCCGGUGCCAGGCCGUGCCAGGUGCCCUUGCACAGUGGAAUUCAACAACACCGACAUGUAUAGUUCCCUGCAGUGGCAAUUUGACUGAACGUCGUGGUACAAUACUGUCUCCUGGCUAUCCUGAGCCCUACCCAAACAGUCUCAACUGUCUGUGGAGGAUCCAUGUCAGUGAAGGGGCUGGGAUACAGAUCCAAGUGAUGACGUUUGCUACCGAGCACAACUGGGACUCUCUGGAGAUCUACGAUGGAGGAGACAUGACAGCUCCUAAAUUAGGGUCAUUUUCUGGCACCACUGCUCCUGCCCUCCUCAACUCAACGUCCAAUCAGCUCCUUCUGCACUUUCAGAGUGACAUCAGUGUGGUGGCAGCAGGAUUUCACCUAGAAUACAAGACUGUUGGUCUUACCACCUGUCCAGAGCCAAUGAUCCCAGCAAAUGGCAUUAAAACCGGGGACAGAUAUAUGGUCAAUGAGGUGGUAGCCUUCACUUGUGAACUUGGGUACACAUUGCAGGGCCAUUCUCACAUUUCCUGCAUGCCGGGGACUGUGCGUCGAUGGAACUACCCACCUCCUCUUUGCAUAGCUCGUUGCGGAGGGGUGUUGUCUGAGAUGAGUGGUGUCAUCCUUAGUCCAGGUUUCCCUGGCAACUACCCAGGCAACCUGGACUGCACCUGGCAAAUCACCCUGCCAACUGGAUAUGGAGCCCACAUUCAAUUCCAAAACUUCUCAUCUGAAGACAACCAUGACUUUCUGGAGGUCAGGGCUGGACCACAGCACAGCUCUGCUCUUAUUGGACAGUUUACUGGCUCACAGAUCCCACCAACUUUGUUGAGCACUACCCACCUAACAAUCAUCCACUUCUACAGUGACCACUCAGAGAACAGGCCGGGGUUCAAACUGAACUAUCAAGCCUAUCAGCUUCAAAAUUGCCAGGACCCCUUUCCUUUCCCCAAUGGUGACAUCAUCAACAGUGACUACAGCGCUGGCCAAUCAGUAACCUUUCAGUGCUAUCAUGGUUACGUUUUGAUCGGACAUCCAGUACUAACGUGCCUCCAUGGGAUCAACCGGAAGUGGAACCACCCUUUUCCACGCUGUGAGGCUCCUUGCGGCUAUAAUGUCACGGCUGAAAACGGGACCAUCUAUUCACCUCAGUACCCCAAUGAAUACCCCAACUCCCAAGACUGUAGCUGGCUCAUCACUGUUCCCCACGGACAUGGAGUUUAUAUCAACUUUACCUUAUUGCAGACAGAGCCUGUCACUGAUUACAUCGCUGUCUGGGAUGGCCCAGAUACGUCGAGUCCUCAGCUGGGAGUCUUCAGUGGCAAUACAGCGUUAGAGUCGGCCUACAGUACCAGCCAGAAGGUCCUGAUCCGCUUUCACUCUGACUUUUCAACUGGAGGCUUCUUCAUUCUCAAUUUCCAUGCCUACCGUUUGAAGAAAUGCUCUCCUCCCCCUGCUGUGGACAAUGCAGAGGUGAUCUAUGAAGAUGAAGAUUUCCAGAUAGGUGAUAUUGUGAAGUACCGCUGUUUACCUGGAUACACACUGGUUGGAAAGGCAGAGCUUAUGUGUAAACUCAAUUCCCACUUGCUUUUUGAAGCACCACCCCCAACAUGUCAAGCCCAGUGCCCAGCCAAUGAGGAGCGUUCUUCGUCAUCAGGGGUGAUACUAAGCCCCGGGUUCCCUAGCAACUACCCAAACAGCCAGACAUGCUCCUGGUUGCUACAUAUGGUUUCAGGUUACACCAUCAAUAUCUAUGUAGAGAUGUUCCACAGUGAGAAACAGUUUGAUGAACUGGAGAUUUUCGAUGGAUCCUCAGGACAGAGUCCUUUGCUUGUUGCUCUAAGUGGAAACCACUCAUCUCAGCUGAACUUCACAUCCAAGACGAACCAGCUCUAUCUACGAUGGUCCACUGACCAUGCAACCAACAAAAGAGGAUUCAAGAUACGAUACUCAGCUGCCUACUGUAGCAUCAAUGAUCCUCCACUGAAUGGGGGCGUGGUCAACCAAACCAAACUCCGUCCAGGCAGCAGACUUCAGUUCUAUUGUAACCGCGGUUACUGCUUGGUAGGCUCAAGCAAUGCCACCUGCAGGCUCCACCCCAAUGGGCUUUUCCAGUGGGAUGCACCACCACCUUUUUGUCAAGCCAUCUCAUGUGGGAUCCCUCAUUCGCCGGGCAACGGCAGCUUCCAUGCUAACCAGUACACUGUUGGUAGCCAGGUCACCUAUCAUUGUAACCAUGGUUACCACCUUGACCCAGGUGUUCCAAUGACAGCAGUGUGUUUGGAGGAUGGAAGUUGGAGUAAUGUUGCCACAGCCCCCAGAUGUCUACCGAUCCACUGCCCCAGCAUUGAGGGCACCUUGUCAGAUCAUAUGACCUACCGCCUGCUGUCUGGAAGGCUGGGAGAGUUUGGCUCUAUGGUGAUGCUGGAAUGCUCAACGGGGUACUAUUUAGGUGUGGGGCAUCGUACUCUUCGCUGCCUUGCCAAUGGGACCUGGGAGGGAUCAGAUGACCCAGCUACAUGCAAGAUCAUCUCCUGUGGUGAGCUUCCUUCUCCACCCUUUGGGACCAAACUGGGGACGUUGACCACAUUCGGAGCAACUGCAAUCUUUAUGUGUAACCAUGGUUACACGCUGGUGGGGUCACAUGUCAGAGAGUGCAGCGCUAACGGGCUGUGGAGUGGUGCCGAGACCAGGUGUCUAGCUGGCCACUGUGACUCUCCAGAUCCUAUUGUCAAUGGCCACAUUAGUGGCGAUGGCUCUAGUUACCGUGACACAGUGGUAUACCAGUGCAUGUUAGGAUAUCGCCUAAUAGGCACAUCAGUUAGAAUCUGUCAGCAAGACCAUCGGUGGUCUGGAACAACACCUGUCUGUGUCCCUAUCACCUGUGGUCACCCCGGCAACCCAGCCAAUGGGCGGACCAAUGGCAGCGAGUUCAACCUCAAUGAUGUUGUCAACUUCACCUGUAACAGAGGUUACAUCCUCAGUGGAAAUGCUCGUGCUCAGUGCCGGCUCAACGGACAGUGGAGCAGCCCCUUACCUGUCUGCAAAGUGGUGAACUGUUCAGACCCGGGCCUCGUGGAGAAUGGUGUACGGCAGUCCGGCCUGCGUUACCCAGAAGUCUUCAGCUAUGGUGUAACUGUGGCAAUCCACUGCAAACGAGGCUUCUACCUCCUGGGCUCUGCACUCCUAACAUGCCAGCCUGAUGGACGAUGGGACCGACCAAUUCCUCACUGCCUAGCUAUUUCCUGUGGUGACCCUGGUGUACCCCCUAAUGCAGUAGUAUCUGGAACUCACAGUUGGACGUACGGCUCAGUGCUGCAGUAUUCCUGUCUGCCUGGAGGGGUGCUGGUGGGCAAUGCUACUCGACACUGUCAGGAGGAUGGCACGUGGAGUGGAGCACCACCAUACUGCACUGGUGUAAGUCCAGGAAUCUGUGGAGACCCAGGGAUGCCUCCCCACGGUGCCCGUCUGGGAGGGGAAGAAUUUAAAACCAAGAGCCUGCUGCGUUUCAGCUGCGAAGCGGGAUAUAGCCUGAUUGGCUCAGCCGAGAGGACCUGCCUUCACAAUGGCACCUGGAGCGGCACGCAGCCUGUGUGUCAAGCUGUAUCCUGUGGUAACCCUGGCACCCCAGCACAUGGCAGAAUUGUCUUCAGUGAUGGCAUCACCUUCGGCAGCUCCGUGGCUUACGCAUGCUGGGAAGGCUUCAAAACAUCUGGCCUGACCACCCGACACUGCACAACUAAUGGAACAUGGACAGGACAACCUCCAGACUGCACUGUGAUCAGUUGCGGAGACCCCGGCCCGGUAGCCAACGGGAUCUAUAUAGGAAGUGAAUUUACCUACAACCACACAGUGACCUACCGCUGUAACCCUGGUCACCUGAUGGAACCACCUGGACCUGGACGCAGCGUCCUGCACUGCACUAAAGAUGGAACAUGGAACCAAACCAAACCUAGCUGUAAAGUGAUCCAGUGUGGACCUCCUGCUCAAGUACAUCAUGGGAAAGUGGAAGGAAGUGACCAUUCAUGGGGCUCGAGUGUUAGCUACAGUUGUUUCCAUGGUUAUCAGUUAUCCACUCCCGCUGUGUUAACCUGUGAGGGGAAUGGGACGUGGACAGGAGAGAUACCACAGUGUCUGCCUGUCCUUUGUGGAGAUCCUGGCUCUCCUGGAGGAGGAUUCAGAGAGGGGAACAUCUUUUCCUACCGGUCAGAGGUCAGGUUCUACUGCCAAGCCCCCUACUUGCUUGUAGGCUCUGUUUCCAGAGUCUGUCAAGCUGAUGGAAUUUGGAGUGGCCAACAACCAGCCUGUAUAGACCCAGCCUUCAACAGCUGUCGUGAUCCAGGAACUCCAGCCUAUGGUAUCCCGGUCAUGGCACAGGGCUUUCAGGUUGGAAGUAAGAUUUCUUUUAAAUGCCGCAAGAACUACCACAUCCUUGGUUCCACCACAAGAACGUGCCUAGAAAACCUAACCUGGAGUGGAACUCAACCUGAGUGCAUAGCCCAUUCAUGCAGACAACCAGAGACGCCCAGUAAUGUAGAUGUUCGAUCUAUGGACCUUCCUACCUUGGGAUAUACGCUGAUCUACACCUGUCAAGAUGGUUUCUAUCUGGCCGGGGGCUCAGAGCACAGAACCUGCAAAAGUGAUGGGAGAUGGUCGGGCAAACCCCCACUCUGUAAAGUUGGAGUGAAAGUCAAUCCCAAAGGAAGAGGAGAGUCAGAUGUCCAGAAGAACAAGAUUCGAGUUCCAGUGGAUGUGUUCUCUCCAAACUCUGAGUGGAGCGGGUUUUAUGAAUAUCUAGGCAAGAGACAGGCCACCACAUUUACAGUUGCUGGGUUCAAUGCUACCAGCGGGAGAGUGAACGUCACAUUACUGGAGACCAGCGGCGUGUCAAUCAGACUGUCAGGUACCUACAAAUCAGAGGAAAACCAGCUGCUGUUGAAGGUCUACCAGGUGAAGGGGCCGACAGAGCAUUACCUCAGCAAGUUUAAAAACGACAACUGGGCUAUGGAUGGAUAUGUUACUGCAGAAUCAGACCAGAAGACUUUUGUCUACCAGGGACAUAUUCACAGUAAAGACUUUGGCAAGUUCCAUCUGACGAGGCAAGGCCCUGUAACCACGUCACUAGAUCCAUCCAACCCCUAUACGAACAGCAGCUCUGUGGCAGCAGCCAUCUUAGUUCCUUUCUUUGCCCUCAUCCUGUCUGGAUUUGCCUUCUACCUCUACAAGCACAGGACAUUGUCUGCUGACACAGAUGACAAUGAGAGACCAAAAGACACCUGGGGGCCUGGCGGCAGGACGCGUCCCAAGGUCCAGUUCAAUGGCUAUGUCGGCCAUGAGAGCUCCAAUGGCCAGGCAUCAUUUGAAAACCCAAUGUAUGACACCAACAUGAAGCCUACUGAGGCUAAGGCAGUUCGAUUCGAUACCACGCUCAAUACAGUCUGCACUGUGGUAUAGUCCAACAAACCUGCCACUACCUAUAUAGUGGUUCAGUCCAGCCUCCCUGUUGCAGUGUGGUUUAACCAAACAGAGAAGAAAGAACAAACUUGUGAUUUGGACUUGUCACCGUGAGCAGUCUGUGUUGUAGCAUGCUGGUCCUCAGGCAGCAUUAUCUGCGCAGUAAUGCAGCUUUGCUCCACCUCCACCUGAACAAUGGUGUCACCUCUCCCUAUAGUCUGAAAGAGCAAAAUAAGGUUGAACCAAUAAACAAGGGAGUAGACAAUGACGUCAUCAAAUAACAUAAAAUCUGUUGUUCAGGAGGUCAGUGCUGGGACCAGAAUUCUUCUUAAGCACUGUUGCUAUUCAGAGAUCGAUAGAAAAAAAAUAAAGAAAACCUUGCUGGACCGUGCUCGUCCAGGGUCAGUUUGACUUCUGCAAAAAUUUGACCCAAAUGUCCAGUCACAUGGCCCCCUCGAAUAUCCUCCCCGCAACCUGAAUAGCGGUUUACCCAAUCUAACCCCAUACUCCAUGCCAAAUUUGCACAGUGGUUUAGGCUUGCUAACUCCCCUGCUGCAGGCCAGAAGUGGGUUUGACCGAUGCAAGGUUCUACCCUCAGGGGAAGCAAAUAGACUAUUCCACCCUUAAAGCCCCUCGGGACAUUGAAUACUUAUUGGAUGGUUCCUAUAUUACAACACAAAAACCAUCAUUGGUGCUGGACCAAAAACCUCCCACUGGACUUCCAUCACGCUGGACUUGACAGGACUGGACUCUCUGAUGCGAUGACAGCUUACAGAGUCUGUUUUGGUGGAAUCUCAUAUAGAUUGUGAAAUGCAGUCAAUGCAGUGACGAGUUCAACCAGACCAAUUCCUUUAAAGAAAAUGAUACUCUCAUCCAGAACUGGAUACUAGUAUAGUACUAGGAGUGGUGGACUAGUAGUAGACAAACCGGGGUCAAAUACAGUUGCAGAUAAGUUUAAAAUGUUCGUUUUAGCCAAACUUGGAGAAUGGGUUAGGUUUGAUAUACCAGGAUAAUCACAGUGUUAGGCAAGUUGAGUUGUUGGAUUUUAAAAUAAGUUACUGUGAUUGUCUUUGCCCAUCUGCCACUUACUGUAUUGCCUUUUAUGACAAUGUCUACCUACAGUAUUUGGCAACCAAUGAGGUUAAAACAUACCAAAUCAAGCUUUUGCAAAUUCUAUUUUUCCCAGGUUUAGUACGAGAGCCUGUGACCUAGUUCUAGAUGAGUUUUGGACGUUUUCAAAUAUUCCAUAGAGUUACUACACAUUUAAAAUCAGUCCUAUACACAAUAUUCCGCACUAGCACUAGGCAGACUGUGCUGAACCAGAAAACCAGACAUUUGAGUUGCCACGCUGGUGUACACAGUGGACUGGUUUCCAGAGGCCUGUCCAAUACAAUCAAAGAGUCAGACAACUGAUUCUUGUUCUUGGACUAGCCAGGAUUCUGUGCUUGGUGGCUGAACAAGUGGAAGCCUGGAGGCAAUAAGCUGUCAAGAUCGUCGACUGCUGCAAUCAGCUGUGGCCAAAUCCAGGAAAUGAUUUGUCUUCUUGUAACUGUGGUCGGGAUUAUCAGUCAAGUGAUGACUGAUUUUUUUCUACAGUAUACUCUCCAGCCACAGAAUCAGAAAUAGAAACAGAUUAACAGACCGACCGGUUGACUGACAGAAAUUAGACAGACGGACACAGACAAAUGGACGGAUAGACAUCUCUGUCAGUCACACUGGAAAAGAGAGAGGACAGGUUGCUACGGAAACAGAGGCAAAUAGUUCUCUCUAAUUGUCUCUGCUGGCAUUUUUCUUCAGUGAAGAUAUUGAUGAACAGACUCCAUGUUCAUAACCCAGUGGGCCCAUGGGACUUCCCAAACGACUGCUGCUGGGGACCCCAAAAUAUAAACUUUAUAUAAACUCUUAAACCGCACAAAUUUUGCACUAGUGUGUUUUUCUGACUGGGUUAUGAAAAAAUGAAUACUUUUUGGGUCUGAAAUGGGUUUGAAAAAUGAGUCAUUCAAAAAAGAGAAUUUUAUUCAAAAACUUCUAUCUUUAAAAAGACGGCAAGAUGACUAAAUACAGGGUUACAGAGUGUUUGUAUAUACACAUUUAUAUUUCAUACUCCCUGUUAGCCGAAGGUGUGACCACAUGCUAUACCGUUGUUUAUUUUGUUGCCAUGACAACAUGCUAGCCAACCAGAAAGUUGGGAUCAGUUUACCUGUGGACCUUUCUAGCUUCUAGUGUCACAUAAUGACACCACUUUGUUGCCAUUUUUAGAACAGUGGCUGUUUCUGAAAGCUCAUACUGAAUACUGUUACUGCUAUAACAUGUGAAAGAAAUAUACAUCCAUAAUAUGCAGUAUGGUCCCACUGAAACACUGGUGCCACACUGCUAGUUUUAUUUACAGCCAUUGAACUCCAUAAUUUUCUGAGAUACUGUACAGUUCUCUUAGGGUUCUCUAUCUAAGUAUUGGUUCACUUUUUCUGUUGAUCCCCAACAGUAGCAGACAGUUUAAGCUUUCAGAAACAAGUGAUUGUUUCUCUAACUCUCUUUAAAAAGAUGUGUUGUGUUUCCACAUUAUCAUGCAUCAUCUUUUCAACGCAUUUUACAUAUCUGAUGAUCUUAUUUCAACACACCUUUUUAAAGAGCUCACAUUGACCGUGUGAUCAGUUUGAGAAUUGGUCAUUUAAGGCAGAGGAAAAACAGAAACGGUAUGAAGACAACAUGCACAAUUAUUGUUGUCAACAGUUAUCGCCCCUGGAGCCCCUCCAUUGUUUGAGAAAUACCUCGUAUGCAGAGAGUAAGUUACAUCCUGCUUAUCAAUGCUGGAACCUCACUGUAACAAAUACACAAGCUUAGCGAGUGUGACCUUGCAUUCAGCUUAUUUCCUGGUAUUUUAAGUCGAAACAUCGUACUAACACCCAUGAGUCUGCAGGAUCCAAGAAAAUUCUCUAGUUUCAAAUCACUUGCCAAGCUUGUUAUUUCUCGCAGUGUCCUCUCAAAAAUAUUUUUAUUUUUCGAAAGAUGCUGCACUUGGUUUAGAUCACAGAUGUAACUGCUUUCAGUGUGUGUCUUUCAGUGUCUUCAGGCCUGUUUCUUGUUUGUUUCACACUCCAUGCACCAUUCUGACAUUAGGCUUACACUUCAGGCAUUUGCUUUAACCUGCAUGAUUUUUCUUAUCCAAAUGAGUUUUACUUGAUGUCCCUCGUGUUUUUCAAAUAUUAAAUUUCAGUCCAUCAUACCGUCAUGCCUACAAACAAUAAAUCACAAAUCCAUUCAUUAAUACAUAUGAUAUCAAAUGGUGAGUGGAAUGUGUGAGAAUCAGAUAAUGAAAGCUUACAACUGAUGAAAUGAUUUUGCUCAUGAAACACUUGUUAUAUUACAGUGUUAUAGUCCAGGACUUAAUUCACUAAAAACAGUGAGUGUAUUUCCACAGAAUUUAAAUACUGAAACAAAAAAAAUCAUUUGGCAUGAGAAGGUUGUCACAUCUACCUAUUCUAAGUGAGAAUGAAUUCACAAGCAAAUUGCAGUUUCUAUUUACAUUUUCUGCUCAUUUAAUUGAAAAUGAAUCUACUCCAGACCUAAAUGUUGCAAAUGAAACGUUCUGAAACAAUGGAGAUUAUGUUUGGAAAGCAUAACUACGGGAUAUUGUUGGUAUUAUAAUAUCCAUUGUGAAGCUGUCAUUCACAGCCUCUGUGUCAGGGUCAUGAACAGACAGCCAGAAACACAUACACCAGUGUGAGGUACACAAAAUAAAGAUAUGCAGAUGUGCGUAUGAGCUAUAAUACUGGCAGUGGUUAAAAAGAACGUCGAGACAGAAGACGUAUUAAAAAUCUCUUCAGAGAAAUAAACAAGACAUCUGUAAACAACAGUAGAGCGUCUGUUCACAAGAUAGUGAGCCUCGAAUCUUUUUAUUGCUGGAGUGCACCCACUUUCUCUAUUUUAAUUGAUUUAAUUAAUUCAGCUGAGAUUUCCUAUGGAGUCAAGAGAGCAUAAUAGUGCCUGAAAAUUAGAGGCUGCAAGGUUUCCACAGGGGUAAUAAAAGGUCUCAUUUUUAACAAUUAAUGACACCGAUCUGAUCUCCUAGUGUGCCCAAACAAGAACAGUUAGACUCCAUAUUCCCUGUUAUCUCUUGCAUGUAAAGAUCAGAGUCAGUACUACAGUGGUUGGAUUUCAGAUCUUAUGCCAUGGUACAGUCUCAAGCUUACAGCAGAAAUCUUAGGUUAUUACAGUGUUUGUGUAAUAGUUUGUCUCAUUGCUUCUGAUAAAUUUAGACUAAAGGUAUGCUGAGUCAUGGUAGAUGUGCAGAAUGAACACAGCUCUGGAUUGUUGGACUGCUAGAUUACAGCUAAACAGAUUUCAGUUUUUUUAUUCAAUCUUAUUCAAUAAUAUCUCUUUCAACAAAAAUGUCUUCAAUAGGGUUACAAAAAAUAGAUCCCAUGUGUCCAUUUUAUACUCACAAAGGAGGCAGUCGAACUGAAAGCUGGAGAUAAUUCAACUAUUUAAAAAUUAAAGGAAUGUGAAUGAUAUAAACGGGAAGAAAGGCAGUCCUCUCGUCUACCAGGUCUACUGUUGAUUCCUCUCAUAUAACAGAAAAGAGGAGGUCUACUGUGGUCCUGAUCGAGAUCAUCAUACAAUAGACAACAUUUUUAUUUAACCUUACAGUGUGUCCCUUACUUGCUGUAUCUUAUUAGAAUCAAAUUCCAUAACAAAAGAGCCCUUCUGGGUGUAAUGAGUUAAUCUUGUUUGGUAUAGCUAUUCUGUUCAUUUCUGUUAAAAAAUUUAGGAAAGACAAUGAGGAGGCUGUGAUACAGUGACUUCUGGCCACUGACAUUUAUAGCAUCACUAGUAUCCUUAGUCGACUUUUGAAAAUGCGAUGAUGAGACACAUCUCUUCUCUGACAUGCCCAGAAAAUUUGGAUAAUAUUCCCUUCACUCAACUUUUUUUUUUCACAAUUUGUGUAGAAGUUUCCACAUUUGUCCUUCAUUUGGCAUCGUCAGCAGUCCUCACUGUUUAAAAGAGCGACAGCUGGCUACAAGUUUAAAAAAAAUAAUAAAACUACCCACUAAAUUUUAAAAUGCCAAGGCUGUUUCUGCUUCUGAGACAUUUCACAGUUUGGGAAGAAGUUUCCACAUUUGUCCCUCACUUUCUCUAAAGUGGUAUUGUCAGCAGUCCUCAUUGAAACAAAGGGCCGCAGGUUGCUGCGAGCUGAAGAAAAUACCAGCUAAAAUUGUAAAUGUCACGCAUUGCCUUUUCACACAGUGUCACAUGGCAGAGAUGAGCUUUUUUUUCUCCAUGAAGUAUUAGAUACAGCAUAGCUUCAAUGCAGAUAUAAGACAUAUCUAAAUAACAUCAGAUGGAUGGAAGAGGGAUGUUGCUAAACUUUUCCUGUAGGAAUACUAUAGGAAAUUCCAGUUGCUGUCCUGCUUGGAGAGGAACCGUGUCAUACAUGUGUUCAUAUGUGGCUCAGCCGCCAGAUGGACCUGUAGAUGGAUUUCUAUCUGUGCUGUAAUGUUUCUGGUGUGUCUGUGAUAUGCACAAAUACACUACAUAUAUAUAUAUAUAUAUGUAUAUAUAUAUAUAUAUGGGCUGCUUUCAGUUUCAGUUUGUCAAAUUUAAAUAUUAAGUAUUGCUGUUAAUUUGCCCUUGACAGGCCUUUGUUUUACCUUCUUUUCGAUAGUCUGGAUAGGACAAACUUCUCAUGCCGUACAUUCAGCAUUAGAGCUUUGAAGAUAAAUCUACAGCCUGGUGUGUCUGAAUUGAACGUGCGUUGACUGCAGCCCUGCUUCACUCAUCAGUGCAAACAAUGAAUAAUUGUCAUUUCAGCACAUGGCAGCUUGUAGAUCAGGACACCACAUAUAAGUGCUAUAUUCACACGUUACAGUGACUGGAUGCGUUAGCGACACAUAUUGACAUGCAGUAAGUACGUUUGUUGCUUUUAAAUGUGUGCUGAAAAAUAUUGUUUCAUUUUUGUUGUCCCAAAUGGCACAGAGAUAUGUUGAAUAUGGCAAGUCCUCACCAGGGAGUUGCCAUCAUCAUUAUUAGUGUUAUCAUUUUAAGCAUCAUAAUCACCGUCAUUAUCAUCACUGUCACCUUUCAUCAUCAUCAUCAUGUGCUGCUGAACUUGAAGUAGGUGCAAAAGAAAAAAAAAUUUUGUACAGAAAAUCUAUUUUUUAUGGAGAAUUUGUAAAAAAACAAAUUAUUAAACAUGCUGUACUUUUUAUGAUUAAUGAUGUAGGUACAACAAAAUCUUGUUCAUUAAAGUCAAUGUUUUUACUGUCACACACCAUGUAAAAAUCUGAGGUUCAAACUGAGUAUCAAAUAUCAAAAUGUCAUAUGAUCUCUUUUGUCCAUUAUGGCUGCUUUUACACAGGAACAGGAAACCUUGCAGGGACCCAGAGUUAACUUUCUUCGUGCUGGAGUGAACUAUAUCUGGGUCACACCUGUAAAACAUUUGUUAUUCACGUUCUAAAACACUAAAAUCAUAUACAAUAAUGUGUCAGUUUCAACCCCUCUACAGCUUGAGGGCAGCAGACUAUGUCUUUUGAACAGCAUUCAUUGCUAAAAAAAUGGUAUAAAGUAAUUAACAACUGUAGGUGGCUUCUAAUGAGAGUUGCCUGAGAAUUGGUUAUUUCUCUCAUUAAAAUAUCUUGUUUACGUACAUACAUAUUUCAGAAUUGAUUUUAGAUACACACACACUUUACAAUGAACAUAAAAUAAACACCAGAUGUUUAGUGUCACAAUAUCAUGAACGGAUUGGUUCAUGGAUGGGUUGAAAAUGACACCUCCGAUAAAACACAGUGUUCUUGUGUAACAGCAGCCCUGUGUGACUGAUCCUAAUGUCUACAUCUGGGAGAGGGAUGACUUCCACAGGCACAAAAGAUUUUGGAUGACUUGACCCCUUUUGUCUUUUAUGGCCCAAAAUCUGAUCCCAUGUCUGUCUAAACAAGGAGGAAUCUGGUUCUCCUUGCUUAGACAUUAUGGGUUUAGAGUGGAAAUGAAAUUGUGGUAAAUUUAGGCUCUAGCAGCAGCAUUAGCAAAUCGGCAACAGUUUCGGAGGCUCCUAUAUAUUGACUGAUAAAACAAGACUGGUACUCUUUAAGUUUUGAAUUCAAGGAUGGAAAAUGGCAUUUUCUGUCCUCCCAUGAGAUCAUGUGAGAGAGAAACAACAUGGAGUGUUAUAAAGAGUUAAACAACAGAUACUGUAUGUGAAUGCAGCCUCACAGCGUGCUGUUAAAGAGACACAGUUUAUCUAUCAGCUAUUUUGAAAACAUUAUUUGAGAAUAAAGUUUUUGAUACAAUAA